UGCACCUGCAGUGUCGGACACACUGCUGUGUAUCGAUUCUCAUGGCUCGGCAGAGGAAAUGCCAUUAAAGAUUUAGGGGUCAGGUGAUGUGAAGGUGCUGUCCCGGGCCAUCAGACACCAGCUCUUGGGUUACAGAUGGUAACGUCCACCCGCCAGGCAGAUUAGUCAGCAUCAUUUAUUCAUCAGCUGAUUUCAUAUACCAUCAUUUACGACCGCCGACGCUCGAGUGAAGAGACGGGCCAGCUGCGGCGGGAGGGGGGGCUCGCUCCUCACAGGGGAACUUCAGCGGAGGCCCAGACUCUAAAUGAAAGGUGCACGUUGUCCUUGGAACAUGAGCUGGGACGCGCUGCAUGAAUGAGAGGCAGGUGGAAUGUCACAUAUCCGCAUCAGCAGUGGGAGGAAUCCCUGAGUAAAGUCGCACGCCACAUCCUCCCCUCGUGCCACACACAUGCAGGAACCUCCCCAAACUGCAGCCAGGCGGAGACUGCAAGAGCUGCAUGUCAUGAUGUUUAACAACAGAGAGCGGCAUCCGCAGGUCCAAGCUACUGCCCGUGAAAAAACCAUUUCUGUCACAUAGAAUUACUCGUCUGUUGUUUUGAUCAUUUGUCAGCAAUGCAACCAAGUGACUCUCCAUUGAAGUGCCAGUGAAUACCACGUGUCAUACUGCUGCACAAGUAGUGCAAUAAUAAUAGUGAUAAGGAUACUAAUAAUGGGGCGGUGGAAGGGCCCGUGGGUCCUACCAAGCUCACCAGUGUUUCACAAUGAACUCUGGGCUUUUGUUUCCUGAUGAAAAUCACCUAUCUAAAAUUGAGAUGUGAUGAAUAUCUCCGGUCCGACCGACUUAAUGGCGUCUCCAUCAGAGGCAGCCCAUCCUCCCGUCCCACUUGAUACCAGGCGUGUGGGGAUAAUGGAGUGGCGCUGUUGCUGCGCCUCUGUCGGGGGAUCCGUGGCUCCAGCUCUUAUCUGAAGUGGCGAACUUGCUGUUUUAAUUGUUAUCUUCACGCUCAUAGAGGGGAUGUUUGGGAAGCAUUCAGCUGGAUGGAGGAUAAAGGCCUGGUAAUUCCCCAAGCUUACUGUCUGUGUCAGUGCUUAUCAGCCGGAGAUAGCGCCGGCCUGAGACGAUGAUUGGCAGCAGGCAGCCGAGAGGUGGAAACUGUGUAUGAAGCCAUGAGGAAGUGCUCACGCCGCGGUGCAGACGGGAGGAACUGAGCGAAGACAGCUCAGCGCCGAAGGCUGCGUGAAGGCUGGUGCGUCACCGUCAGUGGGAUCUUGAUUUGGGUGUUGGGAUGGCUCGUGGACGGGACGUGCGCUUCGGCACCCAACAUGAACGGACCUCGCCAUUAAACGUCCAUUCCUGUAGUGUGCGCGACAGAGCUGGUGAAAAUGGAGGAGAAAUAAUGGAGCGAGAGAAACGCGGCUGGAAACGCUCCUCCAGAUCAGGGUCACACAGCGAAGGUCCUCUCAGAAGGUCACAGCACAUGGUAGAGUCGUGCCACAAGCACGACUCCCUGGCUUUGGAUGGGUGGCCACACCAAAGCCAGCACUCUUACUUCCUGCCAAAGAAAGGAUGUGAGAAUCCUCCACUUUCUUUGAGAACGUGAACCCGAGCCCACGACCGAAGCCUGACGAUGAAACAUGACAGGAAGCAGAUGUUUAACUUCACAUCUUGGUCAGCAGCUAACUCAUCUGCAAGUGUUCCACCAAGUGACAUAACUUUUCCAGAAAUGGGUCGCGACGGCUUCAGAGGACCAGUUGAAAGACACAUGCCACACUGUCUUCCCUCGCGCCACUCGGCGUCCACUUGAUCCGGCGUGCGUCUUUCAUGAAAGUUCACGGUGGAGACCAGGCCCCGCCCCCUCGCGCGGCGUGAAAAAUGAGAGGGAAAAAGCGAUUCUUCCUCCUGUGCAGCGUGAGAGGAGCGCGCUAAGGGGAAAGAGUGGGUCGGGAUUGUGGGAAGGAAGAGCAACAUCCCCGUCAAAGCUCCAGACGUCCAGCAGCUCCACCUCCAGCACCGGCGCCGCCGCGCUCUCACACAGCUCACAGUGGCCGAGGCGAGCCAGACGGAGACAGCGCGCACUCUCCUGCCUGACUGUGCACAGACGUGACUGGACUCGGCAGCGCAGGUCACUUUUCUUCGCCUCCUCCUCCUCCUCGCUCCCUGCGAAGUUGCGCUCCUGGAUUUUAAGCGCGCGUCCCGGCGAAGUGUCCUCCUGCGCCAGCCGCGUCCUCCUCCAGCCGCCGGCGGAGCGCGUUCCGGUCCUCCUCCAGAAGAGUCGGAGACACAGUACAGAUGCUGGAAUCUUUCAGUUGAUUGGAACAAAUAGAAAGCAGGAAUUAAAGACCCGAUAAAGGAAGAGCCCAAGAAGGAAGAGAAAGAAGAGGCAAGAAGAAAGAGGCAUAAAGUUCUUUAGCAAGAGGAGAGAAAGAAAGAGACGGGGACGAUGGGGAGAAAAAAGAUCCAGAUCACGCGGAUUAUGGAUGAACGCAACAGACAGGUGACAUUCACGAAGCGGAAGUUCGGCCUGAUGAAGAAGGCGUACGAGCUGAGCGUCUUGUGCGACUGCGAGAUCGCGCUCAUCAUCUUCAACAGCACCAACAAGCUGUUCCAGUACGCCAGCACCGACAUGGACAAGGUCCUGCUCAAAUACACCGAGUACAACGAGCCGCACGAGAGCCGGACCAACUCCGACAUUGUGGAGACAUUGAGAAAGAAGGGCCUAAAUGGCUGUGACAGCCCAGACCCCGACGCAGACGACUCGGUCGGCCACAGCCCCGAGUCUGAGGACAAAUACAGGAAAAUAAACGAGGACAUUGAUUUGAUGAUCAGCAGACAGAGACUGUGUGCCUUGAACAAGAAGGAGAACAAAGGCAGCGAGAGCCCGGAGCUCGAGCCUGCGCUCAUCCUCACGCCCCGCACAGAGGAGAAGUACAAACAGAUAAACGAGGAGUUUGAUCACAUGAUUAAGAGUCAUAAGAUCCCUCAGGCCAUGCCCCCCUCAAACUACGACAUGCCCGUGUCCAUUCCCGUCAGCAACCAGAACAAUCUCAUCUACAGCCACCCCGGCGCCUCCCUGGGAAACCACAACCUCCUGCCGCUGGCGCACCACGGCCUGCAGAGAAACAGCAUGUCUCCUGGAGUUACACACAGACCCCCCAGUGCAGGUGGCCUCAUGGGCGCUGACCUCACCACUGGCGCAGGCACCAGUGCUGGAAACGGAUAUGGGAACCACCGUAACUCGCCGGGCCUGCUGGUCUCCCCGGCCGGGAUGAACAAGAACAUGCAGACCAAGUCGCCGCCGCCCAUGAACCUGGGCAUGAACAACCGCAAGCCUGACCUGCGUGUGCUCAUCCCUCCCGGCUCCAAGAGCAACAUGCCCUCCAUUAACCAGAGGAUCAACAACUCCCAGUCGGCCCAGUCUUUGGCCACGCCCGUGGUGUCGGUGGCGACCCCCACUCUGCCGGGCCAGGGCAUGGGCGGAUACCCGUCGGCCAUCUCCACCUCCUACGGUAACGAGUAUUCCCUGAACAGCGCGGACCUGUCGUCCCUCUCCGGCUUCAACAGCGGCAGCUCUCUUCACCUGGGCUCCAUGAGCGGCUGGCAGCAGCAGCAGCAGCAGCAGCAGCAGCAGCAGCAGCAGCACCUGCAGAGCAUGCAGCACUCGGCCCUGGGACAGCUGGGAAACUGCUCCAGCUCUCACUUGUGUCCGGGGUCCAAUCUCUCCCUGCCCUCGGCUCAGAGCCUGCACAUCAAGUCCGAACCCGUUUCACCCCCUAGAGAUCGCACGGGCAGCACGCCCGGCUGCUACGGAGGCGGGGCGCCGCCUCCUCAGAACCCCUCGUCCCGCCAGGACUCGGGGCGCUCCCCUGUCGAUAGCCUGAGCAGUUGUAGCAGCUCCCACGAAGGCAGCGACCGCGAGGAGCACCGCAGCGACUUCCACUCGCCGCUGGGCCUGGCCCGCCCGCCGCUGGACGAGCGCCAGAGCCCCUCCCUCAAGAGGGUGCGGCUGUCGGAGGGAUGGGCCACAUGAUCGCGGGGCCGCCAGUCAGAAGGCCCCUCCGCCUUCUCUGGGCUCACCUCCCCGACCCUCGGCCGCUCGCCGGACCUCGCCCCACAUCCCUCUGCUCCUUCUCUCAUUUGGAUUUCAGCUGUGCGUGCGUGCGUGUGCGUGCGUGCGUGUGCGUGCGUGAGCUUGGACGUGUGUAGACGCCGGUGGGGUGGUGCGGGGGCAGCCAGACUUUCUGGUUGGGAACUAUGCACAAGUGUGUGGACAAAAGGGUGACAGCUGCAUAUAUCUGGGCACGCGCACUUGUGUGUGUGUGUGUGUACAUAUGUGCGUCCUCAGAAACAGUCAGGUACUCCACCCGCCGUCGCCGCCGGCCAUUCAACAGCUUCUAAACAGUCCAUUUCAAUUGAGCGCCACGACAUUAUUUAUUGCCUUUGUGUCACCUGCCCAUCGACCAUGAAAUAUGAGCAUUUAUUUGUGACACCUCAACGUCUGGGCUCAGUGGUCCU